AUGGUUAAACAAUCGAGAGGUACAUUACCUAAGGAGGCUGUUGAGCAUUUGAAGAAUUGGCUUUUUUUACACUUUCAACAUCCGUAUCCUUCGGAAGAGGAGAAGGCUGUCUUGGCAGAGGAAACCUCGCUAACACUUGUUCAGGUGAACAAUUGGUUUAUCAAUGCAAGAAGAAGGCUUUGGAAACCAAUUAUUGAGAAGCAAACACAGAAGGAAGGUGUUUCGGAUUCAACCCCAGCUCUAGAAGUUAAGGUUGAAAGUGGGAUGGAAAGAGUUUCAUCACCCCUAAAAGAAAAACAAGAGAAGAAACAAAUUCCCCCAAAAAACAAUAGAAAAGACAGCCAUGAAUCAUUGUUAUCCCCUCCCAGUAGAGUUGUCCAAGAACAUACUAGAAGGGAAGAGGAUGAAUCAUUGAUUUCUCCAGUUUUACAAUUAGUGGAACAACCAAAGCUUGCUAAUAUUGAAACAAAACCUAUUGACAUGGCAGAUAUUAUGCGAUUGUACUCUAUGGAUACUUCAAGCUUUAAGGAAAAGUUAGAGAGAUCGGAGAAGGAAUUGGCUCAUGUUUUGACUCAAUCCAAACUUGUCAAUCAAGAAUACAGAAAGAAAAAGCUAUUUGAAAGAUGGAACAACAGAGAUUGUAAUCCUCUCUCAAUAGAAGGAAUGAAAAAUACCAAUAUGAAUAGGCAGAGAAUUGAAGUUCCAACAGGCAUGGAUUUUGUUAAUGCUAUUCUUCUUUAA